AUGAGAAAAAAGCAUCAGAUCAUGAGAUAAGUAUGGGAAAUACGGAAUUCGAGGUUUUUAGGGUGGCGCAACGUAUUGCCGCGAUAACGUGCUCAUAUAAUUAAUUUCAAUCCCAUCGAUACACUCGAUUCUGCAUACAACACUACUACAUACGUCCUCACCACGUGUAUGCAUAUCGUAAAGACAUUCAUGUAUGUACACCUUAUAUAAGCUACGCGACAGUUUGAUCGGUUUGCAUUGUGUCGGAGCGAACUGUAUCGUCUCGCGAGUGACUUAUGUGAGUUAUGGCACUGACAAUGUCAUCUCAAUUUAUAACACGGGGAAUCGGAUGCACUUUGAUCAUGCUGUUUGUGUUAUCCGUGCAGUGUUUCAGGAUAGAAAUUCAUUUCUCAACAAUUUCUCUAGGCGAUCAACUAUGAAGUUCAUAGACACGACAUAACAUCAACGAAACUCAACAGCAACAUAAUCUUAACGAACCAUGAUCUUCUCGAGCAAUUGAAUCUUGUCGCACCGAAAACGAAUUAUACAUUGCAAGAGGGCACGGAGCGCUUGUUGUACUUUGGUGCACUUCUGCGAAUGCGAAUCCUUGACACCUUCGGCAGUCUCUUAUACAUCUAUUACGAUGACUUCAGUAUAAAAGAAGUAAAGGCAUUACACAAAGUCUAUCAAGCGAUUUUCGAGCGACGAUACGAUAUAUUCAACUUGGUCCCCGCUAUUCUGAGGAAUCCGGACACAAGACCGUCAAAGAUUUGCGCCGAAAUUUACACCUAUGCAGAGCCUUGCCUGAAGAGUAGCGCUAACAUAUGUCGCAAGAUCAAAAAACGGCACGAUAUUCCGUAUCCUGAUGAUCUUAGCACGUCGGCUUUGGAUAUUACAUACUUAGCAUAUUUAUCCAAGAUAUCGAGGCAAUAUCUCGGAGGAUUUUCCUUGACGGCGUUAUUAAAAUUUCUACAGAAGGAAGUGCUGAUAAUCACGCCCGAUCUAUUAUCCGGACUUCUUUACAACGUACAAUACAAUAAUUUCGAUGAUGACGUGCGCCUCGCCGAAAGAGAGCUCGUACAAUCUUUUCAUAAGAUUACACAGACUAACUUACAAAUCCUGAUAUCGGCAAUAGAGUUAAAGAAAUUCCAUACUGUGAAUUCCUUUCUCAAAUAUUAUGUCAGUAUAUACGCUGAAAGAUUUUUGGACGAAGAUUUGAAGAGACACGCGUUUCUAAUUAAGAAACGUAUCGUCGAUGAUGUCGGCAUGAUCAAUGAGAAUAUUUAUCUACUUGGUAAUGUUUACGAGAACCGAACAAUUCAUAUCAAGUAUCUCUUUGAUCUUGUGUUGCCCGACGAUUUACUCGACAACGAUGUCAUCGAGGCUAAGAAAUAUCUGGUAAAGAAAUUAAACGAAUUUAACGUAGUGGAGAAAUAUCUCAAGGUGCAAAAAUAUCAGCAGGUUACACCGGCUCAACUGUUGAUGGAGAUCACCGGACAGCUGAAGGAUAUCGAUUUCGCUAAAAGCAUUGCAAUAUCUUUGCGAAUACAUGCGAGAUUUUGGCGCAGCCAUCGCAUGAUCGAGAGUCUCGAUGAGUUGCUAGAGCUGUUUGAUGCCUACGAAAAUCUACGUCAAGUGCCGCGCUAUGACGGCAUGAUGCAGAAGAUCGACAACAUUAAAAAAUAUCUGUGGGAUAUGAAAGAUAUCCCCGUUGAGAUCCUCUGCAACGCUCCACGAGCUUGUCUGCAAAUAGGUCUAAAAUCGAUUUUGUAUUGCAAAUAUGUGAGUUUCGAAAUCAAGGAGCUCAUCGAGGAUUUCCUUAAAAUAAGUAAUAUGUGCGUAUACAUGACACAAGAAACACCGAGACGUACGAUUGAUAUUCCUUUUAAAAUAUCGAAAACGCGUUUUUCCAUGCAGCCGGCAAACAUAAGCAAAGAUGCAACAGAAAGUUCUGAAUCUGAAGAAACUACGGAGUUUAAUGAAAUAUCUGAAGAAUCUACUGAAGUUUCAACAAAGCUCGAAAUAUCUUCGGAAGAGAGUACAGAGUUUGUAAACACGACGAUGACGACUACUUUGAAAACAAUUGAAUAUACAGAGCCUAUUUCAACGGUAACAAUGGAUACAUUGACGAUUCAAGAAGAGACAACUAGGACUACAACGAGUACCACAGCUGUGACAACUACACCAUCACCUACGACAACUACAACGUUAUCUACAACGACUACUACAUUGCCUACAACGACUACAAUAUUACCUAAAAUAAUUACAACAACGUUACCGAGUAUAACAACAUUGCCUACCACUACAAUAUUAUCUAAAACAACCACUGCAUUACCCACAACGACCACUACAGAAACGCCUACAACAACUACCCCUACAACAACUACCACCACAUUACCCACAAUGACCACUACUUCUAUAUUAUCUACAACGACUACUCCAUCAGCAAGGACUACAGAGCUACCAAUCGCUAACAUAGCAAUUGAAUUUGAGCAUUCGAUGAAAAAUAUUAAUAAUUUUUAUGACAAUGAAAUUACGGAGAGUUCAAUAUCUGUUAUAACAUCUACCUCGAACUUUUGCGAAUCUAAUGAAUGCUCUAAUAAGAAAAGUUCAGAGGAAAUUAGCGAAGAGACAACGACACAGGCUACUCUCGAAUUUACUCAAACAACAUCUCCUAAAGCGGCAACAACUAGUCAGGAUUUUGUCAUCACCGAGACGACAGUGACUUCGACGACGGAAAUGAAUGAAACACCAAUUACAAAAGAAGGAUGCAGAUCCAAAAGCGAAAGCAUUGAGAUAUCAGAAUCGUCCUGCGAGACAAACUGCGAUUCCAUGGUGGAGGAUUGCGAUGAAGAAGAUAGUGCUCCCAAGGAUAUUUUCGAAAAAGUAGAGAAUCACACUGCCAAGUGUUCCAAGAUGCGCUGCAGGGAGAAUUCUCCAGAGAUCUCUUCGGAAUGCGAAACGAAGACCGACAAGAGUUGCGAAUGCGUUCCCAAUAAAGAAAAAAGCGCAGAAUGUAUAACGUUGUGUCCCUCGAGUCUGGAGAGUUCGUCAUGCGAACAAAAACAGAAUGAUUGUUCGAAGUUACAAGUACCAACGGUCACUAUGAAAUUCGAGUCUCGAAAACGAGGCAUAUGCGAGAUUCGGGAUCCUCAUCAUCGACGCCAGAUGAGACGGUUGGCAAAGAUGCGAGCCAUCGAUACUGUUGCAACGUCGGACACCGAUGUUCUCAGAUCAAAAGCACGACAUCGGAUCGUAAGCAAGAAGCUAUACAAUCUAUUAGCCGCCAAGCUAUCUCAUGCCAAGGACAGAAAUUCCAGUAAAACAGCAGAAUAUUUGUUGAGAAAACCUCUUAGCAAGCGGAACAGAAUUGAAGAUGCAAAUCAGAAACGUCGCAGGCAACAAAUUUACAGGAGGAAACUGGCGAAAAAACUCAACAGAAAAUUGAUUGGAACGACGUCGAUGAAUACAUCGCUUCAUCAGAGUCAGAUCGAGAGGAUAUAGAUCCAGCAGAGAUAUGAAAUCAAUCAACGCGACAGCGCAUAAAAAAGUAAUAUAAGAUUGGAAUCUGUCCAUUUAAAAUUACAUAUCAUGUUGCUAAUAAUAUUAUAUAUAGCGUAUAUUAUAUUAUUACAUAAACGAUUAGUAUCGAGUGUAUAUUAUUACUGUUCGUGCUGCAUUUAUCAAACUUUUCAUCUGAUUUAUUAAUUUGAUCAGGAACAAAAAAUAUUAAAGAAC